UACUACAUUAAACCUGAGGAUCUGCAUUAGUACCAUUAUUAAAAAAGCCAUGAGCUGCCUACCCAAAAUUUCACUGCUGCCUUUGUUGCUUGUGGUGAUUCCGAUAGCAGCCACUGUAGCAACACCAACAGCUCUUGCCAGGCCUCAUUGCCCACACAGCUGUGGCAAUCUCCCCAUUCCGUACCCUUUUGGCACAAGGGAGGGCUGUUACUUAAAUUCCAAUUUCCACAUAACAUGCAACGAGUUGUCAAAACUUAUGUUUCUUGGAAAUUCCAUUUUAGGUGUCCUUGACAUAUCAAUCCAACGUCAUGAGCUUCGAAUCUCGAGUUGGGUAGCUGCCGAUUGUUAUGACGAUUUGGGUAGAUCGAUUCGUAGAAAUAAUCCAUUUGUAUGGGUCUCCACAUUCUCCAUCUCACACACCAAAAACAAGUUCAUGGUCAUAGGUUGCGACUCUUACGCAUACGUGAGAGGUUCUCUGGGAGUAAAAUAUUCCACCGGUUGCAUGUCACUGUGUGAUACUAUUGAUGAUGUGGCCAAUAAUUCAUGCUCUGGCAUCGGUUGUUGCCAAACAUCAAUUCCGGAAGGAGUAAGGGAUUUUAAUUUGAGUGCAAGAAGUUUCAAAAACCAUAGAAAUAUUAUGGACUUCAAUCCCUGCAGCUUCGCUUUUGUUGUUGAAGAUGGCUUCUAUAAUUUCUCCACCGUCGAUCUUUUCAAUUUAAGCAACGUUGUGACGAUGCCGGUGGUGCUUGAUUGGGCUAUUGCCAAUGAAACUUGUGCAAAAGCCGAGACUCUGGAAAGCUACGCAUGUGGGAACAAUAGCAUCUGCUAUGAGCCACAUAAUAAUCUGGGGUAUCGCUGCAAUUGUUCUCAAGGUUACCAAGGGAACCCUUACCUUCCAAAUGGUUGCCAGGAUAUUGACGAGUGCUCGAGUCCUGAACUGAAUCCGUGCACUAAUGGUUGUAAGAACAACGAUGGGGGUUUUACAUGUACUUGCCCAAGAGGGUAUCACGGGGAUGGCAGAAAACAAGGCCAGGGUUGUAUUUCAAAAAAAUUAUGGCUAAAGCUCGCUAUUGGUUUUGGCGUAACAAUUGUGGUAUUUGUUGUGGGAGGUUCUUUGACAUUUUGGGGAAUCAAGAGAAGAAGGAAAUUCAUCCAACAUAAAAAUGAACUUUUUGAGCAAAAUGGUGGUCCAGAGAUACGACGGCUCUUGGAGCCAGGCGGUUCAGCCCAGAAAACCAAAAUCUUUACCAUAGAACAGCUCAAGAACGCAACCAAUGACUUCCAUGAAAGUUCAAUCAUUGGUCGAGGAGGGUGUGGCACAGUAUAUAAAGCAGUUCUACCCCAAAACAAAUUAGCUGCUAUUAAGAAGUCGUCGACAGAAGUCGAUAAAACCCAAAUUACGAAAUUUGUUAAUGAGGUAGUUGUGCUCUCUCAAAUCAACCACAGGAAUGUGGUUAAAUUGUUGGGCUGUUGUUUAGAGACUGAAGUCCCCUUGCUUGUUUAUGAAUUUAUCACAAAUAAGACUCUGUACCACCAUCUCCAUGAAGAACCUCAUGGGUCCUCCAUUUCAUGGGAAAUUCGUCUGAAGAUAGCAAAAGAAACCGCUGGUGCGCUUUCUUAUUUGCACUCAGAUGCUUCCACAACUAUCAUUCAUAGAGAUGUUAAGUCUACUAACAUACUCUUAGAUGAUAACUUCAAUGCAAAAGUCUCUGACUUUGGAUCUUCAAGAUUAGUUCCAUCGGAUAAAACACAAUUGAAGACAAUGAUUCAAGGAACACUUGGAUAUUUAGAUCCUGAAUAUUUUCAUAUAGGCCAUUUGUCAAAAAAAAGUGAUGUCUAUAGCUUUGGAGUUGUACUUGUGGAGUUACUUACAGGCAAAAUGCCACUUUCUUUUGACACGCCAGAGAGGGACAUAACUUUAGCCACAUUUUUUAUUUCUUCAAUGAAAAAAAAUGAUUUAUCCUUUAUUUCAGAGGAUCCUAUUGUGGAUGGGGGUAAUCCAGAUCAGGUACGUAAAGUUGCUAAUCUUGCGUAUAAUUGCUUAAGAUUGAAGGGGGAAGAACGACCUACGAUGACCGAAGUGGCAAGGGAGCUUGAAAGAGUAAUGCCAGGGGACAAACACCUUUGGACCAGUGUUGAAGUAAAUCGAGAGGAGACCGAGUAACUGCUAGGCGAAUCAUUGGAUUUCGGCAGCACUAGCACCGCAGCUGGGUAUGAUGGUUUGAAGAACCUUUAAUACCAUUGGAGAAUGAUGAUGGCCGUUGAGUGUUAUGCAUAAUUUCAACUUGUAUCGCAUGAUAUAUUAAUCUAGUAAUAAUGUGUGUUGAGAGUAAUGUAAAAAUACGUAUGUGGGUUAUGGGAAGAUACGUGUUUAGCACGUGGGUCUGCAUAAGUGGAAAGUUCAGAGUUGUUUGGGUUAAUAGCGGAUUGUGUUACUGUUAUGUUAAUUAUUGGGUUUUUUGUGUUACUAUGACAUGGGGUGGUUUACGUUAUUGUCAAAGUGACGUGUGUAAUUGUGGUUAAGAUGUUAUAGAAUAAUUAGGUGAUGUAAUGAAUUUUGAUUUCAGAGUA